AUGCAUGAGAUUAUAUCGAUUCAUAUAGGACAAUGUGGAAUACAAUUAGGAAAUGCAUGCUGGGAAUUAUUUUGCUUAGAGCAUGGUGUUAGACCUGAUGGCUUAAUGAAACAUCCACCAGUUGAUGAAUCAUAUUCAACAUUCUUUGCUGAAGCUUCUAAAAAUAAAUAUAUACCGAGAUCAAUUUUUGUAGACUUAGAACCGACUGUUGGGGGUAAGUAA